AUGAUAGACGCCAGCGUACAGAGCAGCCAGGAGGGCACUGCUAAUGGUACCAAGAAGCACAUCUUGAUCAAUGCAUUUGACAUGUCCACUGUUGGACAUUUGUCUCCUGGCCAGUGGAAAAACCCAGCAGAUAAGUCGGCGACGAAGCGCACGCUCGAGUAUUGGAUCGAACUUGCGAAACUUUUAGAGCACGGGGGUAUCAAUGCCUUGUUCCUUGCAGAUACGACUGGCGGCUAUGAUACGUAUGAAGGGAAGAUAGACGAUUGCAUUCGCCGGGCCGCACAAUGGCCCGUGACGGACCCAACUAUCCCCAUCUCCGCGAUGGCCGCAGUGACAAAAAACCUCGCGUUCGGUAUAACAGCGUCCACUUCAUUUGAACAGCCAUUCCUGCUUGCAAAGCGCUUUUCCACAUUGGACCACUUGACCAAGGGCCGGUUGGGCUGGAACAUUGUGACCUCAUACAAGAAGGCGGCGUUCAAAGCGAUUGGUCUCGACACCCCUAUUGAACAUGACGAGCGGUACCAGCAGGCCGACGAGUUCCUCAGAGUACUUUAUAAGCUCUGGGAAGGAUCUUGGGCACCCGAUGCACUGUCACCUAACCCAGAGGAAGACUCGUAUGUUGAUCCGGACAAGGUCCGUCAGAUAAAUCACAAGGGAAAGUAUUACUCCCUGAAUACGCGUCACAUCGUCGAUCCAUCCCCGCAGAGAACGCCAUUCCUAUUCCAAGCGGGCACUUCGCCAGCCGGUUCGGCCUUUGCUUCAACGCACGCAGAAGCAAUAUUCGUCUCGUCUCAUUCUCCGGAGGUUCUUCGACCGAAAGUCGACAGAAUUCGUCAGCUGGCGGCCGAAAAUGGUCGUGACCCGCGGUCUAUCAAAUUCUUCGGCACCUUCACGCCUAUUGUAGGAAGAACUGACGAAGAGGCCUUCGAGAAGUAUGAGGAAUUAAAGAAAUACACCUCGGUGAUAGGAGGCUUGGUGCUUUUAAGUGGGUGGACCGGUAUUGAUAUCUCGAAAAUUCCUCUGGAUCAGGAAAUCACAGCUGCGGACUCUCUCGAGGCAAAUAGAGUGACCAGUCUCCUCGACUCGCUGGUGAAGACCAGCAAGGAUGUGCCACGUUGGACACCUCGGAUUGUCGCGGAAAAGGCUUCUAUUGGAGGUCUUGGCCCGGUGGCUAUUGGCAGCCCAACAACUGUGGCAGAUGAAAUGGAGCGCUGGAUCCGAGAGGCAGACCUGGAUGGGUUUAACAUCGGCCAUGUCAUUACCCCCGGAACCUUUGAGGAUUUGAUCGAUCUGGUGAUUCCGGAGCUCAGAAAGCGUGGGCUAUACCCAGAACUCCCGUCCACUUCCGAGGAGCCGCUCACAGCUCGCGAGAAAGUGUAUGGACGAGGGCAGAAGGAGCUUCGAGAUGACCAUCCUGCGACCCAGUACAAGUAUGAUGUGUAUCAAGAAGAUCCGCCCUAUGUCGAAAGUGCCGAGGCCGCUUAG